CCAACUCAUCUCUGGUUUCAACUUGUUAAAGUGAACGAAAAGGGAUUUGAGUGUGAUUGAGUGACAGACGAUCGAUGGUCGCUUACUUUUGGUUACAGUCGCUUAUCAAAAAGAAUAAUGUUUGGCUAGAAUGGUGGAACCGUGUGGAGGUUAGAAUCGGCACAAUGCUGCGUGGCAAAAGUUGUUGAAGAAAGGGAUGAUAAAAAACAGCCAAUUCUCCUAGAAAGCGAGGUUACGAAACGUUUAUCUCGAUUGUUCAUUAUUGUUAAAGAGCGGCAAGAAAAUGAAAGUGCGAUUUAACACGUACGACCUCGUGUGCUCCAUUACGGAGCUACAGAGGCUCGUUGGAAUGCGAGUAAACCAAAUAUAUGACAUCGAUCAUCGUACCUACCUUAUACGUCUGCAGCGCAGCGAGGAAAAAUGUAUCUUAUUACUUGAAUCUGGAAACAGAAUUCAUACGACCGCGUUCGACUGGCCAAAAAAUGUUGCUCCUUCUGGUUUUUCAAUGAAGAUGCGGAAACAUUUAAAAAAUAAACGGUUAGAAAGUCUCACUCAAGUUGGCGUGGAUCGAAUUCUAGACUUACAGUUUGGAAUCGGUGAGGCUGCUUAUCAUAUUAUCUUGGAAUUAUAUGAUCGAGGCAACAUCGUCCUCACUGACUAUACCAUGACAAUACUUAACAUAUUACGACCGCACACUGAAGAUGACAAAAUUAGAUUUGCCGUUAAAGAGAAAUACCCAUUAAAUCGUGCACGCCAAUGUGCCAUACCUUCAAUGGAAGAAAUUGAAAGAGCUAUAAAGGAAGCCAAAACUGGUGACAAUUUAAAAAAAAUUCUGAAUCCCCGAGUAGAGUUUGGUCCUGCCAUAAUAGAUCAUAUUUUGCUGAAAGUCGGCUUGCGAGCAGGCUGUAAAAUUGGCAAAGAUUUUAAAAUUCCUGAAGAUAUGCCAAAGCUAACGUCGGCUCUUGAACUUGCGACUGAAAUAUUUGAUAAUGCACGAAAAAAUGUCUCCAAAGGAUAUAUUAUUCAAAAGAAGGAAAUCAAACCUUCAACUGAUGGUACGGAAGAAUACAUAUUUGCCAAUGUUGAAUUUCAUUCAAUGUUGUUUGAGCAGAUUAAAGAUCAGCCAUACAAAGAAUUUGAGACGUUCGAUCUAGCAGUCGAUGAGUAUUUCUCAACUAUGGAAGGUCAAAAGUUGGAUUUAAAAGCACUGCAACAGGAAAGAGAAGCUGUUAAGAAAUUAGAAAACGUUCGUAAGGAUCAUAGCUUAAGAUUAAUUGGUUUAGAAGAAUCUCAGGAAUUAGACAAAAUAAAAGCAGAGCUGAUUAUGCGAAAUCAGACCCUCGUGGAUAAUACGAUAACAGCUAUUCGGAGUGCCCUUGCAAAUCAGAUAUCUUGGUCGGAUAUUCAAGUACUCUUAAAGGAAGCUCAAAGCAAGGGCGAUUCUGUAGCAUUGACUAUCAAGGGAUUGAAAUUAGAAACCAAUCAUAUUACAGUGUUGUUAAGUGAUCCGUAUGAAGAUGGUGAUGAGACAGAUACAAAAUUACCUCCAACAUUGGUUGAUGUUGACCUGGCUCACCAUGCUUAUGGCAAUGCAACUAAAUAUUUCAACAAGAAGAGGUCGGCGGCAAAAAAGCAGCAAAAAACUAUCGAGUCUCAAUGCAAGGCUCUCAAGUCUGCCGAAAAGAAAGCCAAACAAACCUUAAAAGAAGUACAAGCAAUACAUGGCAUUAACAAGGCAAGGAAAGUUUACUGGUUCGAGAAGUUUUACUGGUUUAUUUCUUCAGAAAAUUAUCUAGUAAUUGGUGGAAGAGACCAGCAGCAGAACGAAUUAAUUGUCAAGAGAUACCUGCGGACAGGAGAUUUAUACGUGCAUGCAGAUUUAACCGGUGCUAGCUCCAUUGUGAUUAAAAACCCUUCUAGUGAUCCGGUACCACCGAAGACUCUAGCAGAAGCAGGAACUAUGGCUGUUGCAUACAGCGUUGCUUGGGAGGCAAAAGUUGUAGUAGGAGCGUGGUGGGUAAAUAGUGAUCAAGUAUCAAAAACUGCUCCAACUGGUGAAUAUUUGACCACUGGUUCCUUCAUGAUCCGUGGAAAGAAAAAUUAUUUACCUCCAUAUCAACUGGUAAUGGGGCUAGGAUUCCUAUUCCGUUUAGAAGAUAGUUCCAUCGAACGACACAAGGAUGAAAGGAGAGUCAGAACUACGGAUGAAGACAGUGGAAAUGUAGAGUCUGCAGAAUUUGAUAAAGAGAUAGAAUUGGAAGGAGACUCGGAUGAUGAUGAUUCUAUCGAUAAAACUCCAUUAGAAACAAUCGAAGAGGAAGGAGUGGAAACUGAGCGAAAAAUCGAUGAGCGUAACAAAGGUGUUGAUCUUAAAGAUAAUAUUGAUGAACAGACCGAACAAUUGUAUCCAGAUACUCAAAUUAAAAUCGAUCUCUCUGGUCCAAGAAUGAAAAUCCAAGUGGACAAUAAAUCCUUGAUUACUACACAAAAUCAAGAGCACGAUAUCGAAGACAAGGAAGGGAACGUAUUUUAUCUCGGCGAUGAUAAACCGAUUACACUAAAGCCUAACGUAAAUAAGAAGAAAAAAAGCCCUGCCAAAGUGCACUGGGCUGAUAAAGGCGAAGAGAAAAACGAGAAACAGACCGGGGAAAACAAACCGAAUGUACUGAAACGUGGGCAGAAAGGAAGGCUGAAGAAGAUGAAGGAAAAAUACAAGGAUCAGGACGAAGAGGACAGACGUUUAUCGAUGGAAAUAUUGAAGUCAGCUGGCGCGGCUAAGGAAGACAAACGUAAGAAUGCCAAUAAGAAUGUACAUGGAUCCAAGCAACAGGGGAAAAAAAAGAACGCACAUCCAAAAGUAGAGGUAAAUAAGCAAGUAAUUCCGGAAGGCGAUCAGGCCGAAGAAGAAGACGCAGGACCAGGUCCGGACGUCGACAUGUUGGAUCAACUUACAGGGAAGCCUGUUCAAGAGGAUGAACUAUUGUUUGCCGUUCCAGUUGUGGCACCCUAUAAUACUUUGCAGAGCUAUAAGUUCAAAGUCAAACUCACUCCGGGGACGGGCAGACGAGGAAAGGCGGCGAAAACAGCGGUCGCUGUUUUCCUUCGAGAUAAAGUCAUCACACUUCGAGAGAAGGAUUUACUAAAGGCUGUGAAAGAGGAGUCGAUAGCGAGGAACAUACCAGGAAAAGUGAAAAUAAGUGCUCCUCAGAUACAGAAGCUUAGGAAAUGAUAGAGAUUAUUUAUUAACGACGGUCGUAGGGCGAUGUUCUUCCCUAGAUUACAAUUUCUCUUGACAUAGAACCGCUGUAAAAAAAAUUCUUGAUUUUCAUUCUCUUUUUACAUUAUUUUCGGUCGAAAGGGACGAAGAAGGACCGAGGCAAGCGGAUGUGAUCUCCAGACUAGAGAGGCUCGACCUUUCUAAUUAACAAAGAAACUAUACGUACUAGAAACGUAAAUUGAUUACUUUCUAAACAGCCUCGAAUAAGCGCAAGACUAAACUCCCAAAGUGUUAACAGAAAACAAACAUGUAUAUAACUGUACAGAGUGGUGCGCAAAUAAUGUACGAGUGAAAUUAUGCGUCGAAGUCGAACGUUGGUGAACGCGUCCACGCCGGCGGGUUCUCUUUCAUGUACAUACAUAACAUGCGUAAAGGUUUACACA